UCACCUGCGAGCACUGCAAAAAAACUCUGGAAGGAUGGUACAGAGGGGAAAAGAGAGCCAUGAAGUUCGCUAUCCCAAGAAUUUGGCAGGAACCCACUGACCACUCAAGCAACUGCUACUUCUGCAUGGUGGACCCUUCCAAACGUUGGACUGGCAAGAAUGCACCUGCUAUCACGUAUCCAGACCUUCCUUCAUCCAUCGCCCCGGAGCCACUCUGCCAUGAGCUCCCCGUACCCACUCCUCCGGAGAGAGAGCAGCCGUCUUUAGAAGAGAGCAGCAAGUCAGAGAGCGAGGAAGACGUUGUAGAUCCAGAUGACAAUUUCAGAGAUGGAGCUGAGGAGAGAAACCCAUACUACCCCAACCAAAAAGACCUCAAUGACUUGAUUAGAGAUCUUGGUCUCACCAAGUCCAAUGCCGAGCUUUUGACGACUAGGUUCAAGCAGUGGAACUUGUUGGAUGAAAGUGUGCAAGUCGCAGAUCAGAGGAAGCGUCACCAACCUUUUUCCAGCUUCUUCACCUGUCAAGAUGGGCUCUGCUUCUGCCACAAUGUGACCAGUCUGUUCGAGGCAAUCGGAAUCGCCUGUAACCAGAAUGAGUGGCGCCUCUUCAUUGACAGCUCAUCCAGGAGCCUCAAAGCCGUGCUGUUCCAUAAUGGUAACAAGUACCCGUCUCUUCCCCUGGCUCACUCGGUGCACCUCAAAGAGGAUUACAACAGCAUCAAGACCUUGCUGGACGCCUUGAAGUAUGAUGAGUAUGGCUGGGAGGUCAUAGGAGACUUCAAAAUGGUGGCAUUCCUGAUGGGUCUCCAAGGCGGUUUUACCAAGUUUCCCUGCUAUCUUUGCCUUUGGGACAGCAUGGACACCAAGGCACACUACCACAGGCGGGACUGGCCACAGCGGACCGAGUUCUCUGUGGGAAGGAACAACGUCAAGUGGGAGCCACUGGUGGACCCCCGGAAGGUGCUGAUGCCACCACUGCACAUCAAAUUGGGCCUUAUGAAACAAUUUGUCAGAGCUCUAGAUAAGGAGUCGGCAGCCUUCAAGUACCUUCAAGACUUCUUCCCUGAGCUGUCUGAGGCAAAGGUCAAAGCCGGUGUCUUCGUCGGACCACAGAUAAAGAUGAUCCUGGAGUGCAAUGAAUUCCCCAAGAAGCUCACUAGUAAGGAGAAAGCGGCUUGGAACAGCUUUGUCGCAGUGGUUCGGGGCUUCCUGGGCAAUCACAAGGCCGAAAACUAUGUGGAGCUGGUUGAGACUCUGGUGAAGAACUACGGCACAAUGGGCUGUAGGAUGUCCCUCAAAGUCCAUAUCCUUGAUGCUCAUCUUGAUAAAUUCAAGGAGAACAUGGGAGCGUACUCGGAGGAGCAAGGCGAGCGCUUCCACCAGGAUAUACUGGACUUUGAACAUCGCUACCAAGGACAGUAUAACGAGAACAUGAUGGGAGACUACAUUUGGGGACUGAUUCGUGAAAGUGAUUUACAGUAUAAUCGUAAAUCUCGAAAAACUACUCACUUCUAAAUCUUUUGUAGUCAUUUUUGUAUUACUUUAGUAUAAAUACAUGUUAAUUUGGAUUCAUAUGUUGGUUUUUUCUGACUUUAUGUGAAC